CCCAAUUGUUCGUACCCCAUCAUUCCUCUUGUACAGCUAUCUCCAUAGCUCCUACUGCUUUGUCCCCGUGGCCCUGCGCCUCGGCCUUCCUCCAGCCACCUCUCUGACCUUGUCUACGUGCGCCGCUGCUCGUGUGCGAUCAACCGCGCCGGGUGUUUGUGGUAGCCAUCCUCGUCUUGUCACUCCUUAGAUCCCUCUUCUCCCUCGUUACUAGUCGCACCCUUUUCUCACAGUCUUGUCUCUUAUUUGUUCCCUCUCUGACCGAGCCAUCAUGGCAAACAGCUACCCAGCCCGAUUGCCUGUCGAGCACCCGAUACACCCCAUCUCAUUCUCCAGGCGAGAUUGCGCGUCCGAGAGAGCAAAGACCACGCGUCUAGCACUUAUGGUUGGUUGACAGCGCUACCUGUCAGCUGCCUGAAUACCUCUAUCCUUCGCUCAGGAUUCUAGACACCCGUCGCCCACCGAAGCACCCCAAAUCUGAGCAUCAGCAAUAAUGGAUUCAUAUACCGCCACUCACGAGGAGGCCAGACCGCCUGCCGACUCAUACAGGCGUCGCUCACCAGGCUCUGGAGACCGCAGAACUGGCAGGCGGCGGUCGCGGUCCCCCCAGAAUAUCGACCGUUACCAACCCGAUCGUGCCCGCGAUUACGAUGGACCCCGACGUGAUGGAAAUCGCCGCCGCUCCUCUCCUCCGCCAGUACAGGCUGGCAUUGAUCGAUAUGUGCCCGGUCAAGACAACUUCGCACCCACAUUCACGACAAACCCGGUCCCGAACCCCAUGCAUCUUGAGUAUCAGGUUGGAUUCAACUAUUUCGCCGAGUGGUGGCGUGUUGAGCAACUCAUGAAGGAGGAAAAAGAACGCGCGAAGAAUGGCGGUCGUAAGCCCGGUCUCAAAGGCGAGCGCGAAGCCCGUGAGGAGCGCGGCAAAGAACGUGAGCAGAUCCAAGCAGCCUAUGAUGAGUACAAGGAAAAGCUGCAGGUGCAGAUGGCCAAGACAUUCGUUGAGAAGCACAAGAACGAAGAAUGGUUCAAGGAACGAUAUGACCCAGAGUACGACUUGGCGUUCAAGGAGAAGCUUCGCCAGUACCGCCAUGGUAUCUACGAGGACUGGGAGCGCCAGAUCGAUGAUGGUUACUUUGAUGAAUUCACACUCGAGGGUAUCUACAAGAAUGACUCAAACGGAGCUGGCGGCAUUGUUGAGAAGGAAGAGGGAGAAACAACUGCUGCCAAUGAAGUCUUGGGUGUGGGCGAUCUGCUCCCGUGCAAAGGCGGCGAGAUCCGCGACGAGACCGCUUUCCAGCCAACGUUGCUCAUCAAAACAAUUGCGCCAACCGUCAAUCGCGAGAAGGUUGAGGAGUUUUGCAAGGAGCACUUGGGAGAGGGCCCUGGUGGGUUUAAGUGGCUCAGCAUGAGCGAUCCAAAUCCCCUUAAAAAGUGCCACCGCAUCGGCUGGGUUAUUCUCAAUCCAAGUGACGAGCAGCCAAUGAUCAUUGAUGAUCGUGGUGACGGACGCGACGUUGAUGACGAAGAAGGCGCUAUGGACGUGAAGCCCGAAGUUACUCAGGGGAUACAGAGUACUGCGCACAAGGCUCUCGAAGCGCUCAACGGAAAAACAGUAAACGACGAGGUCAGGGGCAACUUCACCUGCCAUGUUGGUAUCCAUGAGCCACCUGCCGCUCCACGCAAGAAAGCACUCUGGGAUCUUUUCUCUGCACCCGAGAGAAUCGAGCGUGAUCUCGAGCUUGCCGAGCGACUGGUCAGAAAGCUCGAUUCUGAACUCAAGGCCGGUCAUGAGGAGCAGUUCUCGAACGUUGAUGGCGUUAGUAAAAUCGAGCAGCGGGUCGAGGACCUGCGCGAAAAGGGCUGGCUUCAGCCUCCAGCAAAUGCACCAGCCCCCAUGAAGAAGGAGCGAGAUCCAGAAGAGUUGGAAGAAGGUGAAGAUGAAACAAUGGAGGAUGACGAGGGCACUUUUGACGAUGAAGUUGACGACGAGGAGCUUUUGGUCAAGAAGAAGAAGCUGGAUCUUCUCAUUGAAUACCUGCGCCGGGUGUACAACUUCUGCUUCUUCUGCGUCUUUGAGAGUGACUCUGUCCAUGAGUUGAUUCGCAAGUGCGCGGGAGGACAUCUUCGCCGGCCACGUGCUAGUCUUACUACGGCUGCAAAGGCGACGGCAAAGGCCACAGCUUCCGGAGAACCGUUCCCUUACAGGAAACAAGAAGCCUCGGGCGACGCUGAGAACGGAGAGAGUGGAAGCCCAGUACAAGAGCGCAAGCCUAUGCGUUUGAGCACCAAGAACCAACAGCAACUCCAGCGGGCUUUCAACUGGGUCAAGACAUACGAAGAAAAGCUGCUUCAGCUACUUGAGCCUGAAAACGUUGACAUUCGCAAGCUGGGCGGCAAGCCGCUGGAUGAAGCGAUAGAAGACGAGCUUGCUCGAUAUGUGAAGCAAGAAGACGAGUCCAAGUGGCGAUGUAAAGUUCCAGAGUGCACCAAGCUAUUCAAGGGCGAACAUUUCUGGCGCAAGCACAUUGAGAAGCGUCACCCUGAGUGGCUUGAGCAACUACAGAAGGAUCUGCGCCUUGUGAAUAGCUAUGUUCUCGAUCCUGCACACAUUGCCCCGUCGCGUAGCGAUGCCAAUAGCAAUGGCCAUUUCCCCAUGGGCAACCAUGUUCAGGCGACUGGAACUCCGCGAGGAUUCAACCUGGCCAACAUGAGCAUGGCGAUGGCAGGAGGCAAUGGAAUGCAGAAUGGAAUGCACAUGGGUGGCAUGUUCAAUCCUGCCAUGGGCGGCACCUGGGACCCUGCUGCUGCUCAUGAUGAUCGUGCAGGACCUAUGCGACGGGGCGGCCAUCGCUUCAACAACCGUACAGGACCCUACGACCGACAGGCUCGUGAUGGGCGUAGUCGACCGGCUGUCAACGGCGGUCGUCUGACACCUCCACGCGGUACUCGGCCAGGACCUCAACGCUACGGCGAAGGUGGACCUGGACCUGUACAGUCUGUACAAGGUCGAUCUAUUAAGAGUUACGAAGAUCUAGAUGCGGUUGGUGGAGGAGGCGGCGGAGAGCUCAAUUACUAAGCUCUGUAAUUAGUGUGUCCCUGCAGCCACGGUCACGGUGUAACAUGGUAACAGGGUCGGCGUUGACAAGGCUGCUUUUUUUGUUUUCCCUGAUUGAAGGCUUCCCCAGAUUGCCUUGAUAGUUUGCUUGGGAAGGAUAGGUACUGGGCGGCGUCUUGACAAUGUUUCAUCAUUGACUCUGGUCUGGGCCUGUUUAGGCCCAUGGGGGGUUGUGUAUGUACGUCUAAGUAAAUAAGCCCAAAUCCAGACUGAUAGCAACAACAACCGGUUGGCAAGUAGAGAGUCAUUGUAGGUAAGCAAGUUUUCAGGGGGCAUCGUCAUAUGAGCACUAAAGGUGCGAACAAAGCCGCAAUGUGACCAGGUUGGGCAUC